AUGGUGAAACUAACGAUGAGUAGUGCAUCCACGAGCACUAUGACGGAAAUGCAAACUAGUGUUACCUCAACGUCAAGUUGUCCGCAGUUCGAAUCUGCAGUUGUUGGAAAUUUGUCGACUACUCCGGGCUCUUCUGCAGAUGGAAGCAGCUGCAUGAUGGCUGUUGAAGUUGCUGGUGCAGCACAAACUGUUCGAACCUUCAACGCAACUAGAAAGGUAGAAAAUGAUCUUCCGAUCACUGAAGACUCAUUGGAUGUUUUCUUUAGACUCUUGAGUUGCAAUGAGAAUGUUCCUUAUGGCAGCUCAACUUCAUCCAACAAUGGGCCGCCGUCUUUCCUGAGCUUUUCUUCUGGGUCGACGAACUAUGCCAACUCUGGGAACUACAAGAAGGAUAAAGCUCUGAAUGAAUAUCAAAGGCAAACUUCUGGACAUCAGCAUUCUGAAAAGGGCCAAGACGCUUCGAACGGGUUUGGUGGACCUCCUAAAGAUCCUCGAUAUAACCGUCCAAACAAACAUCACUAUGAGGCGACGAUUGUCGACCCUUUCGAAGCAUUUCAAAAUAUUAUGGGUUCUUCAGGGCCAACGUUAACGUGGCCUGCUGGAGUUUCCGAUAAUCAAGAGUCUAGAACGAGAAUGUCUCAGAUUGUCCGAACAGCGAAUAAUUUCAUUCGACAGUUUCCACUGGACGAAGAUACGGUGCGAAAUGCGGCGAGAUGGGGUCAUGGACGUCAACGAAUGGAUUUGCACCCGCCGGACCGUGUUAUCAACUCGUUCGCCACGAACUUUGAAAUUUACAUAGCCAUUGCUCGAAUGCGCAACUUGCAGCUGCUUCAACGGACCACUCCGGAAUUAGUUGAGCAGCUCCUGGAUAAGCUGAAAAAACGAAUGAGCAGUGAUGCACUGUUGCGGUUCGGGAAUCCGAUGGAAACUUCCUGAGGAUUCCUCUCUUUGGUCUGUAAACGGUGUGAA